GUUUGCACAGUAGUAGCAAGAGUCUGAUAAACAGCCUUGUUCUCAGGCGCACGAAAGUUACUGAAAAAACGAAUACAAAUAUGACGACGAACGACGGCAACAGUAGAAGCCCCAAAGCUAUCAUGGCACGACUGCUUUCGCGACAGCCCUCAGAAUAUGAAACAGCGUCACCAUCACCGUCACCUUACUUUUCAUCAGUGUCGCCCCGCGUGGCAAAGAUGUUCGAGAUCCUUGAGCUCCGCGCGAAUUUCCCUCAGAAACUCCGCAAGGACAUGGAUGAGGCACUCGAUGGAGCGGCCGGAAACUUUCUCUUUCACCUCGAAUCGAGUGUGGCCGACUUGCUAUACGCUAGUGCAAACACUUCUAACAAUCAUAGUCAAGAGGAUCAACCUCAAAUUGGCCUCAACUCUGACGUCGACACGGAAAACCAGGUCGAGACUGCGAUACGAUGCUUUCCGAAUGUUAUUUGUCGAAGGUCGUCGACGAUUUCAAGAUCCGAAUACAACGCUCCCAUCGAGGCCCAGAUCACACUGCAGUCAGUGGCCUUUCUCCCAUUGCUGGCUAGACUUGGAAUCGAGUUGGGUGAUGGUACAACGUUUGCCACAGAACAGCGUGGGGGAUUAGUUCCUCCGAAGGCAACAUGGUGCCUUGACAACCAAGGAUCGAGUCCAUUUGAUGGCCUGAACUAUCACCUACGGCAUCCUGAUUCUCGACAUCAACUGCGCAACAAUCAAACUAGCACCAAUUCACUCGUUAGGUUGCUUGCUCCUCAUUUGUCUCGCUGCACGAACCGGCAUUCAUCGUGCAACGUGCUCUUUGAGCUCGCUACAACCACCACAGAGCUGCACGAUCCCGAACUCUCAGAGCGCAUCGACAAGGCCUUCCUAGCCGUGAUUCAAAAACUCCGGGCAGAGAACUUGUUUUUUCAGCAUGAUAUAUGUGGAAGUUCCAAGUCUAUCUACAAUCGUAACAAUACACAUUCCGAUUGGAACAUGGUGACAACCCUCUGUGCCACCAAUCCGUGGAUACCCUUCCCGAAACAGCGAUUCUCAUACCUAGUAAAUUGGCACCCCUGCAGCCUCCUGACGCCUAACCACCAGGGGUGGCUUCCCAUUCAUGUCGUUGCAAAUGCUGGUUGUUGUAGAGAAGAAGAAAAUGGUGGCAAUUAUGGUUCCGAAUACCUUAGUGAAGCAAGUAGCAAUCCCCAUUCCUGUCUAGAUCGAUUCCGAAUCGUUCUCGCUGCGGGCAUGACAAAUUUCCCCACAGAACUGGGGGGUCUCUUUCACACCAACAAAGGCGGUGAUUCGGCUUUUCGAUUGGCCUGUCAAAACUUUGGAAGCGCAUCCGUCUAUGCUUUAAUCGAUAACAUCAUGUUUGAACAGGAAGUUCGACAAAAACAAAGCAACACAGCAUCCACAACGCAAAUAAUACUGCGGACUUUGGUGUCCCUCGGAAGCCAAGAAGUAGUCGACAUGGACGGUCUGUAUUUCUGGUUGCGGAGGGAACCUGCAACGAUGAAGCUCUCUUCGUGCACUCAGUCUUCUCGGAAAAAAAAAAGAAAUUCAUGUUGAGAAAGAAAAUAACUACCAAAAAAUGGAAUUCUACCCGAUGAAGAAGACGAUGCCAACUACCUACGACUAAGUGUACCUUGAGACGACUUAUUCCCAACUGUGCGGUAUGAACCAAGGCUCGUAUCGGGUGUUCAUUUCAAGGUGAAUAUUCAGUACGUAUAACCACUAAACAAAACUUAAAAUCCCAGGAUGAGAUUCGCUUUUCUAAUUCUCCGCCCGUAUCGUUCUUUUACAAACAACGCAUCAAUACUAAUUUGUACAUAUACUAAUUUGAAGUCACUAUAUAAAGCCUACAGUCUUUUUCUCCCCCUUUUCUAUUUCUACCGCCUUUAGACCCUUCGCCGUUCUGUCGCACGGUUGAACCAUUCCAUCUUAGAACAUGGUAAUGUAUCAAUGAACAGGUGUGGCAUUGUCUCCUUCUCGUUAUUCUCCAACGCAUGGAUUGGCGAAUCGAUUCAUGAUACGUAGAAAUUAGGCACUCAUAUAGGUUGACACGUCGAUUUCGUCAGGAAGCUCAGGGAUGUUGACCUCGAACCGACUCUGGACCUUGCUCAAAAUUUCCUGAUCUGUCUCGCUCGAGAUAAACGAAAUGGCAAUACCCUUAGUUCCGAAACGUCCGGCACGACCGACGCGGUGCAAAAACUGGUCUGACUCAUCAGGGAAAUCGUAGUUGACAACCACAUUGACUCGCUCGAUAUCGAUACCACGUCCAAAGAGGUCAGUUGCCACCAAGAUUCGGGCAUUGAAGUCCUUGAAGGACUUGUACUGAGAAAUUCGCUCCUCCUGCUUCAUUCCACCGUGGAUGCAAAUGGAAGGAAAGUUGCAUUCCGUCAAGAGACGGUUUAGUUCCUUGGCACGGGCAACUUUGGAAACAAAAAUGACAACCUGGUUGAAUUCCAAGGCAUCCAACAAGUCGUUGAGCUUGCGGUUCUUUUCAGCCUCAGCCAAUUUGCAGUAGUAGAGCUGCAAUCCAUGGAGGGUGAGCUUGGUUUCGUCAUCAAUGUAAAUUUCCAUUGGGUCUUGGCAGAACUUUUUGCAAACCGGCCGGACCUCCUUCGAUAAGGUGGCACUGAAAAGCAUGACC